AUGUCGUCGGACGGGGUAGCAUUUACGGCGCCGUUGUCCCAGAGCUUUGGAUAUGGAAUUAUUCUGGGACUAGGCUUUGCCUUUGCUUUGAUAAUGAUCUUUAUCACCUGGGCUUUGAGACGCUACCAGAAUGAAGUGCAAACAUCAGAAAUGUUCUCAACCGCUGGCCGAUCUGUCAAAUCGGGACUGGUAGCCGCCGCGGUAGUCAGCAGUUGGACAUGGGCUGCAACCCUUCUCCAGUCAUCUGCCGUCGCAUACCAAUACGGCGUAUCGGGCCCAUUUUUCUAUGCAUCAGGCGCUUGUGUCCAGAUCAUCCUAUUCGCAACACUCGCCAUCGAAUUGAAGCGCCGCGCACCCAACGCACACACUUUCUUGGAAGUCAUCAGCGCUCGCUAUGGAACUACUGUUCAUAUUGUGUUCAUUGUCUUCUGUCUGAUGACCAACAUCCUCGUUACUGCUAUGUUGCUCACUGGUGGAUCGGCUGUUAUGACCUCCUUAACUGGUGUGCCCACUGCGGCGGCCUGUUUCCUGCUUCCUAUCGGCGUGGUGCUAUACACUCUCUUUGGGGGUAUCAAGGCUACUUUUAUCACGGAUUACAUGCACACUGUGGUGAUUCUCGUUGUCAUUCUCCUCUUCGCUUUUUCUGCCUACGCUACCAACGCUGAGCUGGGAUCUCCAUCAAAGGUGUAUGAUGCGCUGGUUUCUGCCUCUCAACGCCACCCCGUUGAGGGCAAUGCGGAAGGUAGCUAUCUUACCAUGCGCUCCAAAGAGGGUGGAAUCUUUUGGGUGAUCAACUUAGUUGGAAACUUCGGCACUGUCUUUUUGGACAACGGUUACUACAACAAAGCCAUCGCCGCCAGCCCGGUCCAUGCAUUCCCCGGAUACGUGAUUGGCGGUAUUUGCUGGUUCGCAAUUCCUUGGCUAUGCGCCAGCACAAUGGGUCUUUCCGCGCUUGCACUAGAGGGCACACAGCGCAUGAGUUCUGACGAUGUCACCGCCGGACUUGUGCUUCCAUUCGCUGCCGUCAAGCUACUCGGCUAUAGCGGUGCUGUCGCUACAACACUGAUGAUCUUUAUGGCUGUGACAUCCGCAUUCUCCGCGCAGCUCAUCGCCGUCUCUUCGAUCUUUACUUACGACAUCUACGCGGCCUACAUCGAUCCCAAUGCCAAGGGCAAGAGACUCGUCUGGAUCUCGCACAUGUCCUGCAUCGUCUAUUCAAUCAUUAUGGCAGCCUUCGCAACGGGUCUAUACUACGCCGGCAUCGGAAUGGGAUAUCUCUACCUAUUGAUGGGCGUGAUUAUCUCUUCAGCCGUCUUCCCAGGCGCCAUGACACUCCUCUGGAAGGGCCAGAAUCACAUUGCAGCAGCCGUGUCACCACCUCUCGGCUUAGCAGUAUCCCUCAUCGCCUGGCUAGUCACCGCAAAGAAAGAAUCUGGAAUCCUGACAGUUGAGAGCACCGGUGCCAACUACCCCAUGCUUGCCGGUAAUGUCGCCGCUCUACUCAGCCCAUUAAUCUUCGUCCCAGUCCUUACCUACAUUUUCGGCCCCCAAAACUACGACUACGAAUCAAUGCGCGCAAUCCGCAAAGUCGACGACACAGAAGUCGCCGCGGCCGCUCACGUCGACCUCGAACUUAUUCCUGGUGAGGCGGGUCCCACGCAAGAUGAAAGCGAAGAAGAGACGCGCAAGCUCAACCGCGCAGCACUGUACGCGCGUACUUUGACGCUCUUCAUGGCGUUCGCGUUCUUGAUUCUCUGGCCGAUCCCGAUGUAUGGGUCGUCGUAUGUGUUCAGUAAGAAGUUCUUCACGGGCUGGGUGGUUGUCGGGAUUAUUUGGUUGUUUGGUACGAUAUUUGGUGUUGUGGUUUUCCCGUUGUAUGAAGGACGGGCGAGUAUUGUUCGUGUUGUGCGGAUGAUGUCACUUGAUCUUAUGGGAAGGAAGCCGAAGAUCUAUCGGGGGACAAAAGCUGGUGCGGAUGAUGUUGCUACGCCUUCUGGGGUGGCGACGCCGACGGAGGUGAUUGGGGAGAAGGAUAAGACGGGGUUUGAGAAGGAGGUUUGA